GUAUGUGCAUGCUAUAUAAGCAAGUUUUAAUCAUGAAGAGUUUUGAUGCAUUUAGAAACGCGUUGAGCAACCACGCCAUAUUUGCAUUUGAGAACACGUAACUGGAUGUUUCAUCGAAAACAUGGCUGAAUAUCGUUCUGCUGUGGUGCAGUGAAAUUUUGUGUAUAAUAAAAGAACGACCCGAUAUUGAAUAGCACAUAUGAUUUGAAGGCAUUAUGAGUUCGAUUCACUUCGUCGUGCAUCCUUUGCCAGGAACAGAUGACCAACUCAAUGAUAGGCUGAGGGAAGUAGCUGACAAAAUAAAUAGAUAUGGAUUUGUAACACCUCCUGCUUUUAAUGCUCUAAAAGUAGUAAUAAAGCGUCUCGUAGUCGGACCAACACAUAUUGCUCUUCUUACAGAAGACAAUAGAAUAUGCAGAGUUGCAUUUACUGUACUACCUGAUAGAUUGGAUUUGAGUAAAAAUGAACCUAAUAGAAACACAAGCAAAAAUCAUGUUGGAAAUUCUAAUUCUGCACCAAAUGGGAAUGGAAGUAGUGGUAGUGGUAGUAGAACAAUGUCACGAUCGCGGGCAAGAAUCAUGCGUAGCAGUUCUGCAAUUCGCGGAGGAAGCAGUGGCGGAGGAAGCGGCAGCGGUGGUCGUAUAGGACCGCCGGGAGUAAUUAUGGGGGGAGGAAGUGGCAGCAGUUCACGGCCCAUUGCAUCUGUGCCUGCACCGUUCGUACCAGAAGAUCUUAUAUCUCAGGCACAAGUGGUAUUACAAGGAAAAAGUCGUAAUUUGAUCAUCAGAGAAUUACAGCGUACAAAUCUAGAUGUAAAUUUAGCGGUAAACAAUCUUUUGUCACGAGAAGACGAAGAAGGUGACGACGCGGAGGAUGCAGCGGAUAGUUAUGUCCCAGAAGAUCUUAUAUCACUACUAGAUGGUGGCUUUAGUAAUGAACAUUCGGUUAUAAUUGACGCUGAUUCUAUGUUUUCUGAAGACAUGUUUGGAUACACCGGAAUAAGACACCGUGGAAGUUCUUCGCGCCGCUUGGGCAAUGACAGAGAAGGUGAACGUUCAUCUCAUGAAAGAGACAGAGAUCGUGAUAGUUUUAGCAGAUGGCGAGAUCGUCAAUAUUACGGACCGCGUCGCUGGUUGGAAAAUGCUCUUAAAGAUUCAUGGGAAAAAGAUUCAGACAACAAGAAGAAAGAGUUGGCCUCGCAGAGUCCACUAUGGAUAUCUGAAGAGCUAGAGUGGUGGCAUGAACGCAGUAACGAUCCAGUGCCGCGCUUCGUACAAAUCGCAUCCCUUUACAGCGAGUUGAUUGCCGUAUCAGCAUCGGGACAAUUAUACCAAUGGAAAUGGACAGAGUCAGAACCAUACAAAAAUGCAGAGAAUCCGAACGUGCAUCAUCCGAGAACCAUUCCUUUGGCAUUGACAACAGAAAAGAUAGUCAAUAUAUCUGCUACCGCAAUUCGAUGUUCCGUUAGUACGGAAAGCGGAAAGGUGGCAACUUGGCUCGACGAACUUUUAGGACAUGUUGCUUCUCGUCUUGAACAUCCAGCACAAGCCUUUACCGAAUUUACAUCGGAUAAAAUUGUGUCACUUCAUACAUGCGCGUUGUAUACUGUUGCGAGACUUGAAAGUGGAACAUUAUACUGGUGGGGCGUUUUGCCGUUUGCACAACGUAAGAAAUUAUGGGAAAAAUACAAAGCUAAAUCACGCAAGCAUAGACCAUCUACUGUGCUAACAAGCGAUAUUGGUUACGGCACGUAUGUGUGCAUGAAAAAUAGUCCGGUUUAUAUACCGGGAGCGAUUGGAUUCACCAUAGCUAACGGUGUACCAAAAGUGGGCCAAUUAUUGUCAGCGGCUUGGAACGUAGAUGCCACUUGUAGAUUUAAAAUAUUACCCGCUGGUACACAUGUACCUAAUGCAAACGCCGAUAAACGGGAAUCUAACGGGAACGGAAAUACAGGAGUUGUGAACAAACCGAAUCAUAAGGAAACUACCGAUCGACUUGACAUGCCUCCACCUCCAUCGCCGGCUUCGAGCACUUGUAGCGAUACUGGUAGCAUCACGACGAGUCACAAACGGCAAAAACGUAUGGCACCUCGAAGCGAAGGAGAAUCUGACAGAAAGGAUGAAGAAGAUUGGCAGUUGAAAGAUGUGGUUUUUGUUGAAGACGUCAAGACUGGACCUAUCGGGAAAGUUAUAAAAGUUGAUGGUUGCUACGUAGCGGUAAAAUUCUUUCCAAAAUAUUCAAGAGAGAAGGAAAAGGAAAUUAAAGAGAAGGAUUUCAAUACAUCAGAUUUCAAAGAUCCAAUUGCAGAAGAACCAAUGAUGUUGUUAGCAGAUUGCAGACUUUUACGUAGAGAUGAAGUUCAGGUAAUUAAGUCAUCAUCAAAUCCACGGGCUCCGGAUUGUUUUCAAAGAACCCCUAGAAGAGUCAACAUAGUAGAAGGUUCAAAUGACAGUCUGCUGACUAUCUCAACUGAUGGACAAGGUAUUCAUGCCAUAUUGAAAAGUGGAAAUAAAUUGAGUUACGUCGUGUACAAUUUAAGUACAGGAAGAUAUGUUCAAGAUUAUUAUAUUCCCUCUGAUAUGUCGUCAUUUCUGGGAUUGCAACCGCAAAAUAUUAAUCUUACAAGUGCAGGGGAGAAUAUAGAAUGCUCUAUGAUUCUACGAGAUGGUAAUAAUACUAUUUACCCGGUCGCGAAAGAUUGCGCUGAUGCCAUACGCGAUCCAAAUUGGCUGGAUUUAGUUCCAGUAAAUUGCAUCGGUGCAGCAACCAUUCCUAUUCCCAGCUGUUCCAAUUCGACUAAUCUAAAAAAUCAGGUUGCAGUUAUCGCAUUAGCAUUCGACAAUCUCUUGCUCAUGCCUCGUAUAUUGCGAUGUGAUUACGAGAGCGUCAAGCAAGUAUUUUGUAAUCUGGAACAAGAUUUGAAGAGCAAUUUGACAUUUUCAACUGCAAAUUCUCAAAUUCAAAUGAUAUUGAAAGAACGUUGCGACGGGAACCGUAAUAUACUUCAUGCUUGUGUCAACAUGUGUUCGCCAACUUCCAAUAAAGAAACCGAGCAAGUGAUUGAACGCGAAUUAGUAUCUAAUGCAGUGGAUGGUACUUCAGCACCUAUUGAAGAGCCAAUUCCGACAUUAAGUUGGCCGCCUGAAGCAUUUGACAAUACCUCAGGAGAGGAAGACAGUCUGUUGAGCAUAGGUGCUGCUAGUAUAUCUAUGAUGAAUAAGUCUAAUGUUGGAGCUACAUCUAAUAAUACAUACAUUAUAGAUUCUGUCGAAAGACGUCAUAAUGCAUUACUCAUACUAAAAUAUAUGUGCGAAAGUAAUAUUUUGACGUCGCAUUUAAGAGAACUAUUAACAGCAAAAGAUGCUCAAGGACAAACACCGCUCAUGCUCGCCGUAUCGGUUCGCGCGUAUCAUGCAGCUCUUAUUUUAUUGGAUACUAUACAAAGAGUAGGCAAAGAUGCGAAAGACACCUCUGCCAUGAUACUGCCAGCUGAUGCCAGCCCAGAUCUGUCGCCACUGUUUGUUACUUGUUGCAACGAUACAUGUAGCUUCACAUGGACCGGAGCUGAACAUAUUAAUCAAGACAUUUUUGAAUGCAGAACUUGCGGUUUAACAGGAUCUCUGUGCUGUUGCACUGAAUGCGCCCGUGUUUGCCACAGAGGUCACGAUUGCAAGCUCAAGAGAACUUCUCCCACAGCGUACUGCGAUUGUUGGGAGAAAUGUAAAUGCCGCGCUCUCAUUGCUGGUCACCAAGGUGCGAGAUACGAUCUGCUGUGCCGUCUCGUAAACAGUACUGAUCUCGCUACAAAAAUUAAUUCACGAGGUGAAAGCAUUUUGUUAUUCUUGGUGCAAACGGUUGGAAGGCAAUUGGUCGAACAACGUCAAUUUAGAUCGGCGCCUAGGCAGCGAUCAACUUCGGCCAGUCGCAAAGCACCCACCUCGGAUGGCUUGGGUGCAGAUUCAGACAUGCCAGAUCACGAUUUAGAACCUCCUCGAUUCAGCCGGAAGGCGCUUGAACGAUUGUUGAAUGAUUGGCCAGCUGUUCAAUGUAUGAUUAUGUCGGGCGUUUCUGAAAACGGCACUGAUCAAUUAUUCGGCGAUCAAGGACAGUUGUGUCGGCAGAGUGGUACCGCAUUACUAGACAAAUUCACGCAUUCUUUACUUGUUAAAUGCAGUGCUGAAAUGCUCGAUACAUUGCUCACGACUCUGAUCAGAGAAUUGCAAGACGAGACUGUGCCCGGACGACAGGAAGAAGCGAACAAUGUGGCGCGUCGAUUCGUAAGAUCCGUAGCACGCAUAUUCGUUAUCUUCACCAUAGAAAUGGCACCAAACACGACGAAAAGGCGAAGUACGAGCCAAGCUUCGCAGCCUUUAAUGAAGUGUCGGAAAGUUUUCCAAGCACUAAUUAAAUUAGCUGUGGAAGAAUUGUGCGAAAUAGCGGAUUCAUUGAUAGCACCGGUCAGACUAGGCGUGGCACGUCCAACUGCACCGUUCACGCUAACGAGCUCCGCCAUUGAAGUGAUCAAUGGCUCGGAGGAACUAUUUUCUAUAGAGCCUCUAAUACCUCACAGCGGUGUCAGUUCGCAGACACUGGAUGCGGCUUUGCAAACUCAGCAAGCGAAUAACAACAUAACAAUUUCAAGAGGAGAUGUAUCCGCUGUUGAUGAAACGGAAGGCGGAGAAGAAGUACCUAUGGAUAUGGACGGCGAUAUUAGCGAACAUGAGGAAUCGGGCGUCUCUGGGACCACUGCUGGUCAGCCGCUCGGCGAGGUUGAUUCGAAUGCCGGUGGUGUGGGCGAGGAACAAGCUGGGGACGGUGAAUCGGACACGGAAUUGGAUCUUUUGGCGGAAGCGGAAACCGAGUCCGAUUCGGAUGACAAUCAUAGUAAUCAAGACGCGGCGUCCGCGCAGCGUAGCGUGCAGACCGGCGCGACCGCCGGUUCCGACGGCGGAAUGGGAUCGAUAUUAUUAUUCCCCGAGGACGAGUCCGGGGAGUCGAGUCAGCAAGAGGACGAUGAGAGCGAAGCGGGGGAAACGGAUGAGCAAGAUAACGAGGAGUUUCAAAUUGGCGACGAACAAUUAGAGCGCAGAAGUGGAUCGUCUGCUCAUUUGCAUCGUAAUAAUCUCGCACCCGUGUAUAUGCAAUGGGCGAUACGCAAUCGUGAAUCGAGUACGCGUACGGCGGGAUUACGGGUAACAGGUGGAAGUAAUCUGGUUUUCAUUGAUCCUGCAUCUUUAAGACGAACCACUGCCACGUCGGCCGUCGCGACCGCGCAAGAACCUAUAACCAUGGGGACCACCGCUAGUUGCCUGGCGCGAGCAUUCGGAAUUGUCAUACGACAAAUCGCCGAUCUAUUGGUUAUGAUGCAAGAUUAUAAGAGCCUACAACUUAGCUUGCCACGACUGAUGGAGAUCACCUUUCAAGACGCUCUAAGUUUGCAGUCAUAUUUAGAAGCUCACUUGAAGCCUACUUGGGACUGGCUGCUUACAGUGAUGGACGCUACGGAGGCGCAGCUGAGAUUCGGAGUAUCUCUGACGCGUAGCGCAGAUCCGACUCAUCCUGAACAUCCUCUCAAUAACGCUCCGUCUUUGUCCAGCGGUAAUUUCAGCGGUUUGUUGAACACAGCUGCGCUCUCGUUGACUCUACAAGGAAAUACAGGUCGGAACCCUCGCAGUGGUAUCGCUACGAGCUCGAAUAUCUCCGCUCCUCAAGCUUCAACGCGACUCACCGUUGGUUUUGCAGGAGUUGGCGAGCCUCCGAGAAGCAGUAGGGAGCGCGAAGGUGGCGAUGCACACUCGGCGAGGCGUGAAUUCUUAUCAUAUUGUCUAUCUUUAAUGCGUGCCCACAACAGCGAGCACAGGGAUAGUUUGCCGGUUCUGGACGUUUCCGCUUUGAGACACGUCGCUUAUGUAUUCGACGCACUUGUAUAUUACAUGCGUUCUCUUUCGGAACCGCCUGCUUCGAGAGAAACUCAAAAGGAAUCGUCCAGUUAUUCCAGUUGGAACGAUCAGGAUGAAAAUGACAAUGACGAAAGUGAAGAGUACAAUUCGCCAGCGCCAACUGCCAUGGAGACAGAUUCUGUGGAUUAUCCGGAUUUACUUCAAGUGCCCAUGUGCGGAUCUGGAAAUCAGAAUAGUUCGACGCCGAAAGGGAGGAAGCAUCCUUUCCUGCAGAGAUCAGAUUCUACCUUGUGCCUUGGUUGCCCGCCUCUCGAUCCAUUUGACACUGUGAUGAGCGAGGCGCUGCCAUUAGCCGAUCAGCCGCAUUUAUUGCAGCCGCAUUCGAGGCGCGAAGAUCUCUUCGGCAUCCCGAGACAGCCGACUUCUUCUAAUGCGAGUGGAUCUAGUCAAAAUCCUCUGGAAGGUUUACCAACCAGACUAGGCCUCUCUGCGCGGGGGUUAACGGACAGUCAAAACAACGUCGUCACUCCGACGUUUAGCCAGGUUGUACAAGGACCACUUUCCAAUCCCAAUUUAGAAUCGAGAAGAAAUUCCGUCUCAGCUGGAGAACUGAGUUCAAGUUCCAUCAAAUACGGGGAUAAACUGAAACCUUCUAAUCAUGCCAACGAAGGUUAUUCGUCCCUCGUAGCGGAGCAGAUUGAUAGAGCACCGAUCAUAGUGUCGACGAAUAAUCAGAGCGACGCAGCGGCCAGCACCAAAGGCAAAGACAUAUGCAAAAACAAUAGAAGUGUAAUAGUUAGAGCUGGAACAGUGUCGGAAUCAAACACGAGCAAGUCUGGUGCGCCUGAAAUAUUGGUCGUUCCCACUGUCGAGAGCCAAAACGUGUCCGAGGAGGUGGAUCCAGCAGCUACAAAUCAUGAGAUAUCAGCUCACGAAACUGUUGAGACGAGUCCAGUAGAAUCGGCCAGAGCGGUAUCAUCAAUCGGGACAAACAUUUCACAUAACAUUUUGCUAGGACGAUGGCGAUUGUCAUUGGAUUUAUUUGGGCGAGUUUUUAUGGAAGAUGUAGGGCUAGAAGCUGGAUCUGUAGUGUCUGAAUUGGGAGGAUUUCCUGUGAAAGAAGCGAAAUUCCGCAGAGACAUGGAAAAACUUAGGAAUUCGCAACAAAAAGAUAUCACUAUUAAGGUGGAACGAGACAGAACACAGCUAUUACUACAGACAAUGAAAGAGCUAAAUACGCAAUACAAUAUAUACAACAGAAGAGCCACGAACACUCCGCCUUUGGCAGUGAAUCGAGUUAAAGUCUUUUUCAAGGACGAACCUGGCGAAGGAGCCGGCGUUACCCGGAGCUUUUAUACCGCAAUUGCUGAAGCAUUGCUCGCGAAUGAGAAACUUCCGAAUCUCGAAUCGGCGCAAGUAGGUUCCAAGUACACGCAGUACAAUGUAUUACAGAAACUGAAAAGCAGGGAUCGCGAUCGUGAUCUCAGACGACAGAAUACACGCUCCUCCGGCAAGUGUCGCGAGACACGUCGGGCUUUGUCCUUCGACGCUCGUUCUUUCCACCCGUCGAGCGCGAUCGAAAGCAACAAUAGUUCCGCACCUGGCAGUUCAUCAUCCAGUCAUCCCUUGCCGAUCAAUCACCCCAAUAAUGAUCACUUAACUAUGCAUCAGCAACAGCUUGGCGACAGAUUAUAUCCCAAGGUGCAAGCUUUGCGACCGGCAUUGGCUGAAAAAAUAACCGGUAUGUUGUUGGAAUUGUCGCCGGCCCAGUUACUGAUGCUGCUAGCGUCGGAGGACGCACUGCGACAGAAGGUCGAGGAGGCAUUCGAACUGAUUCACAGUCACACUCAAGACUUGGCCAGCGAGGCACUGCUGGAUCUCGAUGUAUUUAGUUUAACCGAGCGAUGCGCGGCGAAUAAGAAGAAAAUGGAGAAUAGCAUUUUGGAUGAUAGAGAUAAUGCUCCGCUUUUUUAUUCUCCAGGUAAACGUGGUUUUUAUACGCCAAGACAAGGCAGAGCCAGUUACGAACGGAUAAACGCAUUCAGGAAUGUAGGCAGACUUAUAGGAUUGUGUCUCUUACAAAACGAGCUCUGUCCGCUAUUUUUGAAUCGUCAUGUAAUUAAAUAUAUCCUAGGAAGACCUAUACGUUUCCACGAUCUUGCAUUUUUCGACUCUGUCAUUUACGAGAGCUUGCGACAGCUGGUAAUCGACGCUGAAACAAAAGACAGUAACAGUUUAUUCUCCGCAUUGGAUCUUACAUUCAGUAUUGAUUUGUGUCCCGAGGAAGGAGGUGGCUCAAUUGAACUUAUUCCUAACGGUCGUGAUGUAGAAGUGACUGCAAGCAACGUGUAUGAUUAUGUGCGGAAGUAUGCUGAAGUUCGCAUGAUCAAGGUACAAGAGAAAGCUUUGCGUUCGAUGCGCGCCGGAGUUUCUGACGUCCUUCCCGAUGGAGCGCUUGACGGUUUAACUUCCGAGGACUUGCGACUUCUCUUGAACGGAGUUGGCGACAUCAAUGUAUCAGUUUUGAUAUCGUACACAUCAUUUAAUGAUGAAUCAGGCGAGUCGACGGAGAGAUUAGUGAAAUUUAAGCGCUGGUUGUGGUCCAUCGUUGAGAAAAUGUCACAUGUGGAAAGGCAGGACUUGGUGUAUUUUUGGACCGGCUCUCCAGCGCUACCAGCAAGCGAGGACGGCUUCCAGCCGAUGCCGACCGUGACAAUCCGGCCGGCGGACGACGCGCACCUACCGACCGCGAAUACGUGUAUCUCCCGACUAUACGUUCCACUGUACAGCUCCCGUCAUGUCUUACGACACAAACUACUUCUCGCUAUUAAAUCAAAGAACUUUGGCUUUGUAUGAACUUAAUGUUGUGACUAUGUUUGUACGUGUACAAAACAGAGUCACAUUAUUGAUAACGAUACAAGACCGAGGUUAUGUUGUUAUUUUUUUUCCCUAGAAGAAAUUUUUAACAUUUAUAAAUUUAUAAGGUGUAAUUACGGAUUAUGAAUUUCUUGUUCCAGAAGAAUGGUUUUCAUCUUCUUAAACUUUAUGUUAUAUAAAGUGUCAUAUUUAGUCUUUAUAGCGAACAAAUAAAAUUUUCUCUAAACUAUAAAGGCUGUUUUUUUUCUCUAAAAGCGUGAGACUUUACUUACCUAUCUUGGAUUUUACUUGACAUAUGUGCCGCUCGAGCGAUACAGGUUUGAUAACAAAUUCUUUCGCGCGUAAUCGUAAUUGCAUCUUCAUAUAAUCUAUGUAUAAUGUAUUUCUUUUUUCAUAUAAAAGCUAUUAAAAUCUUAUCAAGAAUU